UGGUAACAAUUUCUAAGGUGAAAAUAGAAAAAUUUUGUUCUCAUGGUUCAGCUAUUCACACAUUUUGUUUUCUUUUUGAUUUGAUUUGGUGUUUUUUUCGUUUAAUUAUUGAUUUAAUUUGCAAUAUUUUCGAAGUUGUUUUAUUUUUUGUUCGAUUUAAGUUACCAUAAUGGUGGAAGAUUUUGACUCAAGUGAUCUGGAAAUAGACGAAUUGCCGGAUUUUAAUCGACAAUAUUUAAAUUCACUGGUAGAAGUGAUUAGUUCAAAGGCUGGUAAUAAUUCUGAUUACCAUAAAUAUCACCAUUACAUGUUGGAUAAAUUUACGGAAACUUGGGCUGAUGAGGAAAAAAAUGACUACCAGAAAGAAAUUGGAUUUAAAGAGUUUGCUUGUCCGAGAACAUGUAAAUUUUGUGGAUGUGUCAGAAGGAAGCUCAAAAUUCGUACCAAGAAAGUAAAAAGAGUUAAAAGGAAAUAUUAUUUUCUAAUCUGUAGAUUUUGCAAGAAAUCAAUAUUAAUCAAUAAGCUCGGAUCAAACUUGGCCAAAGUCUUGGAGAAACAGCAACAAAAUGAAGCGAUAAUAAACUCAGGAGCCACAGUAAUGCCAAGAAAAAGAUCGAAACCUAAACCUAAACCAAAACCUGUUGUCGAAGACAAGCCCGAGGUUGUUCCAGUAAUUAAGACGAAAAAGAUUGAAAAUUUCAACCACGAAGACACAUUGAAACAAUUAAACUUUUUAUUAAAAGGUGGUAAUGGUGGUAAAAAGUUAAAUAUCAAUGAACUUCAAAGAAGCAGAUUGAUGGAUCUCUUGAUGUAAAUAACUUCUUUUGUUAUAUAUUUAAAAAUAACUACAAUUGUAAAUACAUGAAAAAGUAAGAUUUAUAAUUUUGAACG